AUGAGGCGCCGCCACCUUCCGCCAGUCAUGUUCCUCGCCGUGCUCUUGCUAGUGACCCUCUCCUUCUGCCGCCACCUCCUUUUCCCACGAGGCCCGUCCCAAUCCCAACACACCGAAGACGACGCAAUCCUCCACCGGCUAUCAGCGAUCGACGUCGGCGGUGACCAGAUCGUUGCCGAGGCGGCCACAAUGUUGGCCAACGCCUCGAUAUCCUCCUCCCCCAGCCAUGACAACUACAACCACCGCCUCCUCUACCUCCGCCUCCCUUACUCCAGCAACGGCACAUCCGGCCCGCGGCAGAGGACCAUGCUCCGCCUCCGCGUCCCCAGCGACACACUCCCGACCGACGGCUCCCUCCUCGCCGGCUUCCGCGCCUUCCUCCGCGCGCACAAGCACCACCGUCGUGGCUCCAACAACGUCGCCGGCGUCAUGGGCGACCUCCCCGGCCUCCUCGGCCUGCGCCAGCGCCGGCGCUUCCGCACCUGCGCCGUCGUCAGGAACAGCGGCAUCCUCCUGGGCGCCGGCCGCGGCCCUCAGAUCAACGCGCACGACUUCGUCAUCCGCCUCGACAACGCCCCCAUCUCGGGCUUCACGCGCGACGUCGGCGCCAGGACCUCGCUCACCCUGGCGCACUCAUUCGUGCUAAACCGCUGCGCCGCGGCCACGGCGGCCACCACCCCGCGCCUGCCACCCCAACGGCCGCGCGGCGCCGCUGGCGAUGUACGUCAGAAGGCCCGAGCACCUCCUGUACGUGCUCGCCUGCAGCGCCACGGCCACGCCGGCGGCACCGUUCCGGCUGCUCCUCACCGACGCGCCCCUCGACGCGCUGUGCGCGCGCGCCGCCAAGUACUACUCGCUGCGGCGGUUCGUGGCGGGUACGGGGGAGCCGGCGAGCGGCUGGGCGCGGAGGCGCGACGGGAGCGACCCGCACUUCCACAACUCGUCAGGGCUCCAGGCGGUGGUGACCGCGCUCGGGGUGUGCGAUCGGGUGUCCAUGUUCGGGUUCGGUAA